CGUUGCUCGCUGGCCGCUGCACGUUGAAAAGAAGAGUUCGAAGAGUUGCAACUACCGAAUUUCGCAUAAUUGGCAUUAAGACAAAAGUGAGGCCGUGCCCUUUGUUGUUUACCGCCAGACCGAGUGUCGCCUUUUUCGAAACCGAGAUACAGAUACAGGAGGGCGAGCCAAAAGAUACAGAUACAAGCACAGGCACAGUCACAGAUACAGAUACGAGAAUGUUAGUGCCGCCGGAUAUGAUGGCCGCGCAGACGCGGAUGAUCUAUCAAAUGAAUCGAUUCUGCGCCGAAAGGGUCCAGGCCAGGAUGUUCAAGACGGCCACCGCCAUCCGCGAGAUCUGUAAGAUCGUCCAGGACAUCCUCAAGGAGGUGGAGCUGCAGGAGCCGCGCUUCAUCUCCAGCCUGGUGGAGUGUAAUGGAAGAUUUGAGGGCGUGGAGGUGAUAUCCCCCAACGAGUUUGAGAUAGUCUUGUAUCUCAACCAGAUGGGCGUCUUUAACUUCGUGGAUGAUGGCACCCUGCCAGGAUGUGCUGUCCUGAAACUCAGCGAUGGCCGCAAGCGAUCGAUGUCCCUGUGGGUGGAGUUCAUCACAGCGAGUGGCUAUCUGUCCUCUCGGAAGAUCCGUGCCCGUUUCCAGACUUUGGUGGCCCAGGCCUGCGACAAGAGCGUCUACCGGGAUCUGGUCAAGAUGGUGGGAGACACCAGCGAAGUGAAGCUCCGGAUACGGGAGCGUUUUGUGGUCCAGAUCACGCCGGCCUUUAAGUGCUCGGGCAUCUGGCCGCGUUCUGCCGCCCACUGGCCAGUGCCCCAUCUCCCCUGGCCGCAUCCCAAUAUCGUGGCCGAGGUCAAGACCGAAGGAUUUGAUCUUCUGUCCAAGGAGAGCGUUAUCCUUCAGAGCAAGAACAACAAUAAUGCCGCCAGCAUGGAGGGAGAUGCCUGGGUUCUCAGUUUCUUCGAGGCGGAGAAUCGUCUUCUGCAAGGUGGGUGUCGUCGUCGCUGUUUGAGCAUGCUUAAGACCCUGAGGGAUCGGCAUUUGGAGCUGCCCGGCAAUCCCAUCAGUUCCUAUCACUUGAAGAAUCUCCUCCUCUACGAGUGCGAGAAGCAUCCGCGGGACUUUGAGUGGGACGAGAGCUGCAUUGCCGACAGGAUCAAUGGCAUAUUCCUGCAGUUGAUAUCCUGCCUCCAGUAUCGACGAUGUCCGCACUAUUUCCUUCCGGGCCUGGACAUGUUUAAGGGAAAAUCCCCCAGUGCUUUGGAAAAUGCCGCCAAACAAGUCUGGCGACUCACCCGGGAAAUGCUCACUAAUGCCAAUGCUUUUGAAAAGCUCUAAGGGGUUAAGGAGUGAAGGGUUAAAAGUGCACAGGAUUGGGUACAGGAGAGUGGGUUAAAGAUAUAUGAUGGUAAGAUUUUGAAGAUGGCUAAGAUUUAC